GGGCGGUGCGGUUGCGGAAGCGGAAGUGGAGGGUGCGCUUGGCGGCGGCGGCGGGAGCUGCGGAGUCGGGAAUCAAAACAAAGGGCCUGGGGGGGCGGGGGGAAGGCGGCGGGGCCGGAAUGUGAGCGGAGGUGGAGCCGGCGGCAGAGGGUGGAAGAAUGAAAGAAAAGAAAGAUGAAAGAAUGUUGAACCACUUUGUAUGGCUGUAUGAUGGAAGGAAACGGAGCUGAGAGCGCUUGCAGUAGAACACUUGGAUGGCUUCAACAAGAUAAUGAUGCUAAACCAUGGCUUUGGAAAUUCUCUAAUUGCUUCUCUCGUCCUGAGCAGACGUUGCCACAUAGUCCCCAAACGAAAGAGUACAUGGAGAACAAGAAAGUUGCUGUGGAAUUAAAAGAUGUACCAUCUCCCCUUCAUGCUGGCUCUAAACUUUUUCCAGCUGUCCCACUUCCUGAUAUUCAUUCUCUUCAGCAACCUAAAAUACAGCUUUCAAACGUCCCCAAAGUAAGCUGCUGUGCUCAUUGCCCUAAUGAACCCUCCACUUCACCAAUGCAUUUUGCUAGUGGUGGCGGUGGUGGCGGCGGUGGUGGAGGUACUGGUAGCUUGAUUCACACGGGCGCACUGUUAGACUCGCAAAACACCAGGACAAUCACAUGUCAGGUAGGGUCAGGGUUUGCUUUCCAGUCUGCAUCUUCACUCCAGAAUGCCUCGGCAAGGAACGGUUUAGCAGGCAUUGCAAGCGACUUCCCCAGCAUGUGUCUAGAGAACAAUCUGUCUUCCUGCAAACACCUGCCCUGUUGUGGAAAACUCCAUUUCCAGUCGUGUCAUGGUAACGUGCACAAGUUGCAUCAGUUCCCGACUCUGCAGGGCUGCACCUCUGCCGGCUAUUUCCCCUGUUCAGAUUUCACAAGUGGGGUUCCAGGGCAUUUGGAAGAGCACAGGUCACAGUCGGAGCUCACGCCUCACUUGUGCACCAACUCUUUGCACCUUAAUGUGGUACCUCCGGUUUGUUUAAAGGGCUCACUUUACUGCGAAGACUGUCUAAACAAGCCGGCAAGAAAUAGUAUAAUUGAUGCUGCUAAAGUCUGGCCAAAUAUACCACCUCCAAAUACUCAACCUGCACCUCUUGCUGUCCCUCUGUGUAAUGGCUGUGGAACCAAAGGAACAGGGAAGGAAACCACGUUGUUAUUGGCGACCAGUCUAGGCAAAGCUGCUUCGAAAUUUGGGUCACCAGAAGUUGCAAUAGCUGGACAGUUGCUAGAAAACUUACCUCCCAUUGGAGUUUUUUGGGAUAUUGAAAACUGCUCCGUACCCUCUGGCCGGUCAGCUACUGCUGUUGUGCAAAGAAUCCGUGAGAAAUUUUUUAAAGGCCACAGAGAAGCAGAAUUCAUCUGUGUGUGUGACAUCAGUAAAGAAAACAAGGAAGUUAUUCAAGAGCUGAACAAUUGCCAGGUGACGGUUGCCCACAUCAAUGCCACUGCAAAGAAUGCUGCGGAUGACAAGCUCCGCCAGAGCCUCCGGAGGUUUGCAAACACUCACACUGCACCUGCCACUGUGGUUCUUGUGUCAACUGAUGUCAAUUUUGCAUUGGAACUUAGUGACCUGAGACACAGGCAUGGUUUCCAUAUAAUUUUGGUCCAUAAAAACCAGGCUUCAGAAGCACUGCUGCAUCAUGCUAAUGAACUGAUCAGAUUUGAAGAGUUCAUUUCCGACUUGCCCCCCAGGUUACCACUAAAAAUACCACAGUGCCACACUCUGCUCUAUGUUUAUAACCUACCAGCAAAUAAAGAUGGCAAGAGCAUCAGCAGCAGGCUCAGGCGCCUGUCGGAUAACUGUGGUGGGAAGGUCCUGAGUAUCACAGGCUGCAGCGCAGUCCUCCGCUUCAUAAACCAAGAUAGUGCAGAACGCGCUCAGAAGCGAAUGGAAAACGAAGAUGUCUUUGGUAAUAGGAUCAUUGUGUCAUUUACUCCAAAAAAUAGAGAACUCUGUGAAACAAAGAGUUCCAGUGCAAUUGCUGAUAAAGUGAAGUCUCCCAAAAAACUUAAGAAUCCAAAAUUGUGCCUCAUCAAAGAUGCAAGUGAACAAUCUUCCAGUGCCAAAGCCAUGCCUGGAAAAGGGUCACAGGCAAAUUCCGGAUCUGCUACAAAAAAUACAAACAUUAAAAGUUUACAGGAGCUGUGCCGCAUGGAGUCCAAAACUGGUAAUAGAAACAGUGAGCACCAGCAGGGCAGCAUGAGGCUGGGAGUCCCUCCUCACAGCAGCUCAAGUGCUGCAGUGCCGACAUCCAAAUCUUCGGGGCUGGCAGAACCUGUUUUCAAAACCAAUCAGAAAAAAGAGACCCUUAGUACCCGAAGUGUUACCAGUUCUCCUGUAGAGAAAAAAGACAAAGAGGAGCCUCUGUUCCAAGUGAGUUAUCCAUCUGCCUUUAGCAAGCUGAUCGCAUCCAGGCAAGUGAGUCCUCUGCUCACGUCUCAGUCUUGGGCUUCUAGCAGGAGCGUGUCACCAAGUCUUUUACACCGAGCAUCUCCACUUGCUUUCAAUGUUGCAAACUCGAGUAGCAGUGCCGAUUUUGCCGACCCGUUUGCAAAUGGUGCCGACAUCCAGGUCAGCAACAUCGACUACAGGCUAUCCCGAAAGGAGCUGCAGCAGCUCCUGCAGGAAGCGUUUUCUAGGCAUGGCAAGGUGAAGAGUGUUGAGCUCAGUCCCCAUACAGAUUAUCAACUCAAGGCUGUGGUUCAGAUGGAAAACUUGCAAGAAGCAGUUGGAGCAGUGAAUAGCCUCCACAGAUACAAAAUUGGCGGCAAAAAGAUACUGGUGUCCCUUGCCACAGGAGCUGCUAAUAAGUCACUCUCCUUGCUGAGUGCAGAAACAGUUUCUGUUCUUCAGGAUGCUCCUGCCUGUUGUCUUCCUCUUUUUAAGUUUACAGACAUUUAUGAAAAGAAGUUUGGACACAAGUUGAAUGUGUCAGAUCUGUAUAAAUUAACAGACACGGUUGCAAUCCGGGAGCAGGGAAAUGGACGACUGGUAUGUCUCUUGCCCAGCAGCCAGGCCCGCCAGAGCCCCUUGGGAUCUUCCCAGUCACAUGACGGCUCCUCCACGAAUUGCAGCCCAAUUAUAUUUGAAGAGAUAGAAUAUCACGAGCCUGUCUGCAGACAGCAUUGUUCUAAUAAGGAUUUCAGUGAACAUGAAUUUGAUCCAGACUCUUACAAGAUUCCUUUUGUGAUUCUCUCUUUGAAGACAUUUGCGCCCCAGGUUCAUAGUCUUCUCCAGACCCACGAGGGCACUGUACCUUUAUUAAGCUUUCCAGACUGUUAUGCUGCAGAGUUUGGUGACCUAGAAGUAGUGCAGGAAAACCAAGGGGGUGUUCCUCUAGAGCACUUUAUCACCUGCGUUCCAGGUGUGAACAUUGCCACUGCUCAGAAUGGCAUCAAAGUCGUCAAGUGGAUUCACAAUAAGCCCCCACCUCCCAACACAGACCCUUGGCUUCUGCGUUCUAAAAGUCCUGUAGGUAACCCACAGCUGAUCCAGUUCAGUAGAGAAGUGAUUGACCUACUGAAGAGCCAGCCAGCUUGUGUCAUACCAAUCAGUCACUUCAUCCCAUCCUAUCACCACCACUUUGCGAAGCAGUGCCGAGUGUCAGACUAUGGCUAUUCCAAGCUGAUUGAGUUACUAGAAGCAGUGCCUCAUGUGUUGCAGAUUCUUGGCAUGGGCUCCAAACGUUUGCUGACCCUUACCCACAGGGCCCAGGUGAAGCGCUUCACUCAGGAUUUGCUGAAACUUCUCAAAUCGCAGGCCAGCAAACAGGUCAUUGUGAGAGAGUUUUCACAGGCUUAUCAUUGGUGUUUCUCAAAGGACUGGGAUAUCACCGAAUAUGGUGUUUGUGAGUUGACUGACAUCAUAUCAGAGAUUCCAGACACAACCAUCUGCUUGUCCCAGCAAGAUAAUGAAAUGGUGAUUUGUAUCCCCAAAAGAGAGCGUACCCAGGAUGAGAUAGAAAGAACAAAACAGUUCUCCAAGGAUGUUGUGGACUUGCUGCGUCAUCAGCCCCAUUUCCGGAUGCCCUUUAAUAAGUUUAUUCCCUCGUACCAUCACCACUUUGGCCGGCAGUGCAAACUUGCAUACUAUGGAUUUACCAAACUACUUGAACUCUUCGAAGCCAUACCUGAUAUUUUACAAGUGUUGGAAUGUGGAGAAGAAAAGAUCCUUACUUUGACAGAGGUAGAACGAUUCAAAGCUCUUGCUGCCCAGUUUGUUAAACUCCUUCGGUCCCAAAAAGAUAACUGCCUUAUGAUGACAGAUCUCCUUACAGAAUAUGCUAAAACUUUUGGUUACACAUUUCGUCUCCAAGACUAUGACGUCAGUUCAAUUUCAGCUUUAACACAGAAACUCUGCCAUGUGGUAAAGGUUGCUGACAUAGAAUCUGGCAAACAGAUUCAGCUGAUCAACCGGAAGUCUCUGCGAUCUCUUACUGCCCAGUUACUGGUGUUGUUGAUGUCUUGGGAGGGAAACACCUAUCUUUCUGUUGAUGAGCUCAAGAGACAUUACGAAGCUGCCCACAGUUCUCCCCUCAAUCCCUGUGAAUAUGGAUUCAUGACCUUGGCCGAACUCCUGAAGAGCCUGCCUUACUUAGUUGAGGUUUUCACUAAUGAUAAGACAGAGGAAUGUGUGAAGCUCACAAGCCUGUAUUUGUUUGCAAAGAAUGUGCGGUCUUUACUUCAUACUUACCACUACCAGCAGAUUUUUCUCCAUGAAUUUCCCAUGGCCUAUACCAAGCAUGUUGGAGAAACACUGCAGCCCAAGACAUAUGGCUUCAAUAGUGUGGAGGAGCUCUUGGGUGCCAUCCCACAGGUGGUCUGGAUAAAAGGACAUGGUCAUAAGAGAAUUGUAGUGUUAAAAAAUGACAUGAAAAGUCGCUUGAGUUCACUCGGUCUUGCCCCUGCCCAUCCUGAACACCGGCCCUCAGAGAGUGAGUGUAUCCUGGAGGUUCCUGAGCCCCACGCAUCCUCGGAACUCAAGCUCGGAGCAGGUGGCAGGGGGCCCAGCCACAUGGAGCAGGAGCUUCUCCGCCUGACCGACGACUCGCCAGUGGACCUGCUGUGUGCACCCGUCCCUUCAUCCUUGCCGUCCCCCCAGCUGAGACCGGAUCCUGUCAUCCUUCAGUCUGCUGAUCUCAUUCAGUUUGAGGAACACCCUCAAGAGCCUUCUGAAAUUAUAAUUUUAAACCAAGAAGAAAGCAUGGAAAUUCCGAUACCAGGAAAGAACGAAACUCCGACCUCUGACUCCAGGUCAUCUUGCAUCUCAGCAGCUGUCCCUGUGCCUCCCUGCCCCUCCUCGGAAACCCCAGAGUCACUGCUCAGCAAGGACCCCGUGGAGAGCCCGGCCAAAAAGCAGCCCAAAAAUAGAGUAAAAUUGGCAGCCAACUUUUCCUUUGCACCUAUAACCAAGCUUUAGCUCCCAUUUUGAACUUAAAAUUAGGAUGGGAAAAACUGUCUGAUUCUGCACACAAAAAUGGGUUCAAAAAACGCAUCCUUUUAUGUUUGAAUGAAGGCCCCCGGGAAGCCCCUCACUUCGACUUGGGGUGUAUUUCAUGUGUUUUGUUUCUUUUACAUUGAACACAACUCUGAGCUGAGGUCUUUCUUUCAUUUUCUUCUUUCUGUUUUCAAUUAUUUGAAAGAACUGGCAUUUGUUGAAGAAUCCUUAAUAUAUUUUAUCAAAUUUCCCUUAACUUGUGAGGUAGAAGGGUGUUCAUAAGAAGAGAGCACUAAGAACUCAACCAGCUGGAAUUGGUUUUCCUUUCACCGAGCCCCUCCAUGGUGUGAUCUUCCAUGUAGCAUAAUACAGUCUCUCAGCCUUUGCUUGCUGAUGUUUACGACAGUAUUAAUCCCAUGCAUGAUGUGUCUUCGAAACACAGCGCGUCCCACGACCCUGCGUGUUCAUGCGCUGAAAGAGAAGGGUGGGCGAAGAGGGAGAGUGCAUCUUCAGGGCUGAAUGUGAAGGUUCCUGGCUUCCGUGUGACUUGUGAGUGUGCCUUGUCUAUUAGUUAACUAUGUCUGUAGUCGACAAAUGUGGCUUCAUCACAAAUUUUUUAAAAUGCUUCUACUUUGGGGUUCCAUUUAGGAGCUUUCUAGAAAGUUGAGGAUGUUUUAAGCUUCCCUUCUGUGUUCCAGUUUGAUAUGGAUUAGGUUAAGGAAAAGGAGAUGGUCUUGGUGUCGUGCAUUUCAAGUCAGCAUUUGGAAGACAGCACACAUGAUUGUGUGUCGAGAGGCUGCGUUGGGAAGAGAGUCUGAUUUUCAGAACUAUGCAUCAGGUGCAUAAAUGACAAAUCAGAGCCGAGUGGUGAGGUGCUGGCAGGAGCGGUAUCCAUACGACUUGCACUAGGAAGAGGCAGGAGUUCUAUCCACGAAUGCAGGCCAAGGUCAACGUAACCUUGUUUUUGUAAUUUUAAAGCUGGUGUUGGUAGCUGGGAAGCCUUGUAUGUGAAUAUCUGUGUGUGUUAGCUCAGCAUCUUUUUAACAGUGUCUGUUUUUACUCUCAUUACUUCUCGCUGCUGGAAGCAUGUUUGGGUUUUUGUGGCGUCUGCUGUGGAAUAGCCUUCCUCUCCAGGUGCCUGAGGUGUCCGCUGAUGGGUGGCCUCUCACCACCCUGGAGAAACCUGACAUUUACAAUGGGUUGUAUUUGUUGGGCACAAAAGGCGGAUUCAUUCAUAGAGCAGCAAGAACCGGUAGGUGCAGGGUCAUCCACUAGUUAGAUGGUUUCUCUUGGGGAGUGUUUCUGUUUUAUAACUUCUAGAAAGCCAGAAAAUGGGCUCUGAUUUCAUAGCCAGCAUUUUGAUAAAAUGCCACAAAAUAAGGGCUAUCGCGAGAUUUUUACAAGUUAGAUUUUUGUUCCUCGAAUCUUUUAAAUGAAGCCAGUGACUCCCAGUUCUCAGCACAUGGCCUCAGUCAAGUCGGCACAACCCUGGAACACCCUCUGAGUAGCACGGCACUCUGCGAGUCUUUUCUGAAGGCAUUUCCUCUACAGACAUAGUGUUGCAGGAAGUCAAAUGCAAAUGUGCAAUUUUUUAAAGAAGCUUUUAAACAAUGUAAUAAAGUUGGUGUUGAGAACAUCAGUUGCCUUAUUCUGAGAUUUCCUAAGGCUGUGUUUUCACACUUGGACUUCAGUUUUGCUAGCAUGUAAAGACUUGUGGACUUAAAACUGGAAGAGGUAUCAUUACAAGUCACCUGGAGCAGUCUCCAAGAACAGCUUCUUUGGGCAACAGAAGAAACAAGUUCUGCACUGUCCUGUGAGUGUGUCUUAGUACCAGUCACUGGAGUUGCCACUUAGUGUGGGACGUGUGUGGGACUCUAGCAGUCGCUGUCUGAAGACGUGAUAGAAGACAUCGGAAGCAUGUUGUGUUCAUAAUGUACUCCACCAUGGCCAGUCCAAUUGCUAUCUAUUUUUUUAUCCAGAGGCUUAAUUAAAUGAUGUGAUAAAAUAAUGUGUGAGCAUAGAGACAGUGGAAGUCUUUAUUUCUGAGUGGAAAGAUGUACCAGAUUAGAUUUAUGUGUUUAAAAAAAAAAGGACAAAAUUUAUCACCAAAACCCCCUCUCUCAUCUUGCACUGUUUGUUUUGGAUUGGGUUUGGGGGAAGAGGUGUUUUCCUUAACUGUCUACUUUGUUUGAACACUUUUGUUGUGGUUCAAGUGCUGUUUUGUGUGUUGGGACCAAACAGUUGUCAAUAAACUUUACAAGCAAGCAUCUACA